AUGGAGGAGCUGGCAGAGUCGCUCGCGAGGUCCAUCCACUUGCUCGAGUCCGCGCUCGGGCCAGAUCCAAUGACCCGGGGAUCCCCCGCCGCCGUCUGCCCCCGCGGCGGUGGCUGUCGGGGACCGGCGCUCCCCGUAGGGCGUGGCGGUCACCAAGCGCCGUCCCGUAUGGGACAAGAGAGCCAUGGCCAUGGCAGCAGCCGCAGUGGGCACGCUAGAGGCCACUGGCGGCCAGCCGAGGAUGCCAAGCUCAAGGACCUCGUGGCGCAGUACGGCCCCCAGAACUUGAACCUCAUCGCCAACAACCUCCACGGCAGAUCAGGCAAGAGCUGCCGGCUGCGGUGGUUCAACCAGCUGGACCCGCGGCUCAACCGCCGCCCGUUCUCGUCUUCGGAGGAGGAGCGGCUCCUGGCGGCGCACCGCGCCUACGGCAACAAGCAGCGGGAGCAGCAGUCCGGCGCGCCCCGACCCCGAAGACGCAAGCCCUCCUGGUCGUCGUCCUCGUCAUCAGCCGUCGUCGACGUCCGCCACCAGCAUGCGUCCUCUCCUAUGCCGUUCCGUGCUGGCAUCCACCCGGAGGCGGCCGCGGCGGCGGCCACCCGUGCCCGUGCGUACAGCGACGGCGAGUCCGACGAGUCCGUGUCCACCUCCGGCACCGACCUCUCCCUCGGCUCCGUUUGCGGCGCCGUCCCCUGCUUCCACCACCAGAGCUCGUACGACGCCGGCACGACGUGCCUGCUGCAUUGCAUGCUUUGCUCCGUUCCCUCGCCGGCGCGCCACAGGGCAGCGGCCUCCGACGAUGGAUGCGGAAAGCUCGCCCUGCCCUUCUUCGACUUCCUGGGCGUUGGCGCGACAUGA